ACAAAUCUUGAUUAGAGACGUCAGUUUUUGACCAGGGCAAGUGUCUACAAAUUUUGAUUUACCGUCUGAAUUUUUUUUAAUCGAAGCUCGCUCGGUUCUUUAAGAUAUCAUUUGUUGUUGAUCAUAAAUAAUUCGGGAUCAACUAUGCCUGAAGAAAAUGAGAUGAUAGUUCGGGAUCCCAAUAACCUCAAUGGUCAUCUCGGGACUCUACUAUUUAAUGACGUCAUCGGCGAACCGGACGGGACCCACAGUUUCGACUGCGUUUGGACAUUUUCCCGCUCAUGCUUUGAGAGUUGGAAAAUCUUUUGCUACAACUUGAUGACGAUGUGUUGCGGAUGUUGCAUGGCUGCGCAGUGGGGUUGCGAGUUUGCGUUCAUCGCUUUCUGGCAUAUCUGGUACAUCACCCCGAUGUUCAAGGUUCUGGAGAUCAACUGUGGAGUCUGUCUGCGCCUGUAUUCAAUGUGCAUCAACUGUUGCAUGACUCCGGUUUGUGAGGCCGUCGGAGGGAUAUUCCAUCAUUUCAAACGCACUUGACUCUUGCGUUUAUAAAAGAAAAAGCACGUCAUGUUUUGGGAACACUUGGGUUAUGCUCGUGUUGUUUGAUGAUACAUUUACAAGUUAUUGUCACUAAAUAUUGUUUCUAAAUACUAUUCUGUGUUUGUGCAAAGCGGAGUUGAUAUUAUCCGAUUUAAUUUUGCUACUUUUCAAGUCAGUUACAUAUACAUAUAUAUAUACAAAUUUAAGUUCUUAGUUUCUAUCAUAUAUCCUGAAUUUUAAUCAAAUACUACUAGGAAAAAAUAUUACAAGAAUCUUAAGUAUAAUAGAUAAUGUUAUUAUUAAUAUCUCUUUGUUAUCUUUUAAUAAUCUGAGUCGGGAUCUGGAUUCUAUAGUCAUUUUUAAGCUAUAUUUUCAUGUACCAUUUUUAGGCGAAGAGCUCUUAGAAAUACAUAAAAAAAAUGUUAAACAGAAAAGUUAAACAGUUGGAUGUUUUUUUUUUUAUUAAAUGCAAAAACUGGUUUAUGAUCAAAUUCAUCAUAUUUAAAAGGUAACGACAGAUUUAACGGA